AUGCUGGCCUUGCUAGCCGCCACCUUUGUCCUGGUCGCCGGCAGAAGCUCCUCAGCCCCCGGCCAAGAAGCGCAGGCGACCCGGUUCGUUUGCACUUCCAUCCCGUUGGACGCGGACCCGACCUGCCCAGUGCCGGCGAUGCCAAUACAGGUGGGCUCGUCCCAGGAGCAAGACCUGCGCGCCACCGUGAUGCAGCUCAGGGAGACCAUCCUGCAACAGAAGGAGACCCUCAGCAACCAGAAGGAGACCAUCAAGGAACUGACCGGCAAGCUGAGCCGCUGUGAGAGCUCCCAAAUGGAAGCCAAGAAUAAAGGAAGCCGAAGGAAACUGUUUGACAGGACGCACGGCAAGGACACGAUGGGCGAUCUCCCCAGAGAUCACAGCAAAGUGGUCGAUCACCUGGGCAGGACCAUACAGACUCUGAAAGACAGACUCGGCAGUCUGGAGCAACAGACACGUCCCGAUCUCUCCAACCAGGCUUUCCCUAGUGACCUCCGUGAACAGCUUCAGAGGAAGCUUGGGGAUUUGGAGAAUCAGCUCCUGAACAAAGUCUCUGAACUUGAAGACGAGAAGUACCUGCUUCUGAAUGAGACAGCAGCACACCGUUACAAGACAGAAUCUGUCCUGAACGCCUUGCACGAAAGAAUUACGGAAUUGGAGAAAGAGAGCAGUGGGUUUAAGUCACCUGAUGAUUUCAAGGUAUCGCUACCUUUGCAGACUAAUUACCUGUACGCUAAGAUUAAGAAGAGCCUGCCUGAGAUGUACGCCUUCACCGUCUGCAUGUGGAUUCGAUCCAGGCUAUCCCCCAGUAUUGGAACACCCUUCUCUUACGCUGUGACUGGACAGUCAAACGAAAUUGUGCUUAUUGAUUGGGGAAAGAAUUCGAUAGAAUUGCUUAUUAAUGACAAGGUAACCCAACUGCCCAUCGAUAUCAAUGAUGGCAUGUGGCAUCACAUCUGCAUAACGUGGACCACGAGAGAUGGCAUGUGGGAGGCUUAUCAAGAUGGCCAGUUGCGUGGCACAGGGGAGAACCUAGCUCCUUGGCAUCCAAUCAAAGCGGGCGGUGUCCUCAUCCUAGGCCAGGAGCAGGAUGCAGUUGGCGGGAGGUUCGAUGCAACGCAAGCGUUUGUCGGCGAACUGAGUCACUUCAACAUCUGGGACCGCAUUCUCGCCUCUGAGGUUAUCCGGAGCAUAGCCAACUGUUCUGCCAACUUGGCCGGCAAUAUCAUUCCCUGGAUUGACAACAACGUGGACGCAUUUGGUGGAGCGACCAAGUUGCCAUUGGAGACCUGCCAGGAACGUUUGGUUAGUUCCUGA